UUCUUUUCUCGGAAGAGUUGCGUGACAAGAAGCGUGACAAAGUUGUGCUUCUCUUUUUUUGGAAUGAAAACUGUGCAAAAAAGAACUUGGAUCGGAGGCCACAAGUCGUCAGUUCUCUCUUUAGACGUUAGCAGAGAAGGGAUUUUAGCUUCAGGUGGAGAAGAAGAGCUUUGUGUUUGGUCGAAAGAUGGGGCGCCCCAAACUAAACUUUCCUGCUCCUCAGCCGAGUCGAAAGAGGUCAACUCUGUCUGUUUUUGUGGAAAAAAUCCAGAGCGCUUGUAUGCCUCGUGUGGAAAUAAAAUAUUUGGUUAUGAUUUAAGAAAUCUUUCAUCUACUGUUUGUGAAUUCGAGUUCAACGAAGAGGAAAUAAAUCAAGUUACCAUACACGACAGAGGAACAUAUCUUGCUGCUUGUGACGAUAGUGGCGAGGUCAAAGUGGUUGAUAUUCAGUCCGGUAGAUUAUUCAAGACACUUAAGAGAAAGCAUGAGAAUAUUUGUUCAACUGUUCAAUUCAGGCCGAGUCGUCCGUGGGAGAUUGUGUCUGGAGGAAUGGACUUUAAAGUGAUUAGUUGGGACUUUUCUUCUGGGAGGUCCCUUCAGGAACUAAAUGUUCAGGAGCUUGGAGAGGACAGCCAGGAAGGGGCCUAUUUUGUGAAUCCACCCUUUGUACAUUCAAUUCAUAUGGCAGGAAAUGGGAGAAAAUUUGCUUCUGGAUUAGGUAAAAAAGUUUUAUAUGUCAGUUGGGGGGGGGGGGGGGGGGGGGGGGGGUACUUUAGGAAUUUCUGGGUGGGGAUCUGCUGCAGGGACCCUGGAACCCUUAACCUAUACCAGAGCUAGUUCAGCUGAAAUUUUGCUACCCUAUACUAGAGUAAACUCCCCAAAUCCUCCCUAUCCUAGAGUAGCUCUUUUCCAGAAACUACCGAGGUCACUGGCACAGUCUAGCCAAAACAAAACCUUAUACCACAAUCCCUAGUCUAGAUAAAAUCUUCAACCAACUGAUCAGUUUCCUGAAAAAUGAUAGCCUAUUCUAGACCCAAACGCUCUGAUUUAUAUACCCUAUCCUAUAGUAAACUGCUUGUAAACCAUUCCCUUCACAGCAGCACAUACCUAUAUAGCCCAUAUAUGGCAGUACCCCCCCCCCCCGCCCCUGGGGUCAGUUCCCACAAAAAAUGUAAGAGUAGGAACCAAGAUGAGCAUCUCUGAAGAGGUCAUUUGCAGGGGAGUUGUCCUAUCACCCCUUAGACCUUUCACAGACCCCUAAUUUCCAUAAGAAUGUAUCCAGAUUCCAGGGGGCAGGCAUUGGAGAUGAGAAAAAUAUUUUUCUAAUAUUCCUUGUCUCAUUCCAAACUGCCCCCUACCUCCCCCACCCCGCAAAGUAAAUUAUCUUGGAGAUAGACUCAGUCAAGGUGGGAACCUGUAGCACUCUGUGAACAGUCUUAUCACCACUAAGCGGUUGCCCUUCAGUCUUCAAAGAAAACUCUGUAUUCUCUUCGUGACUUACCGGUAUCAUUGUAGGAAGAUUGAAGGGUGCGAGGAGGCUCCUCCAACGUCACAUCUCUUUCAAAGGGCACUUAACCUGCGAUCAGGCGUUUUUUUUCUCCCAUACAGAAGGACUCCCUGAUCGCAGGUUAGAGGGCACUGAGUGUCACCAAGUUUCAGUCACUGCUACUUGAAACCCAAUAGGAAAGUUUUUAUCAAAUGAAAAUAAUAUUGGCCUGGUCUUGUUAAAACUGCUGUUGCCUAAGGAUGAGUAGCAAAGAAGUGGAAUCAAACUUGAAUGCAUUUGUCCUUGCUAAUUACCAUAUAUGGUUAUUAUCAAUGAUAAUUAUUUGGCAAUGCUUUGUUUUGGUUGUGUAUGAGUUUGCUUCCAUAAAUGUUUUUCUUUCAUUGCUCAAAGGCCUCUUUUGCACAUUAGCAACUAAGUGUAUCUUCAUGAUUUUCAAUUAUUUUAAAGACUCAAGUUUGCACAAAAAUUUGGGAAAAUCCUCAUAAUACCUUCCCCUUUUGGUAGCUGCUAUAAUAAUUGAUUUAAAGAUGUUUUCUUAGAGUUAUGGGGACUAAAACAAUGAUGUUUUCCUCCUUAAGGGAAUGGAAACAUUCAACUCUUCAGGUUUGAAGGCAAGAAAAAAUUCACUCAAGAUGAAUGCCUUAAGAAACACACUUCUAGUGUGUCACAAGUCCACUUUCCCACAUUUCAGGGAAAUGACCUGUUGGUGUCUGCUGGUAAUGACUACAGAAUCAUUCUUUGGAAAUUAAAUCAAGAUUUGUGCAAUGGAACCUCAGGGGCCGAGCAUUGUCAAGGAUCAGAAGCGGCGAGUUCCACUUGGGUUUCUCACGAGGUUAAGCAUGGGUCUAAAACAAACUGGAUUGCUUCUUGUUCGCUUACAAACAACAUAUUUGUAUCUGAUCAAACGAGCGAGAUUUCUGUUUACCAUGUUAUAUGA